AUGUCGGAUAUCAAUAUCGAUGGCUUCUUCUCACUAGACGGCAAGGUCGCUCUGAUCACGGGUGGAUCUAGAGGACUUGGUCUUCACUCGGCAACAGCAUUGCUCUUGGCCGGUGCCAAAACGCUCUUCAUCUCUGCCAGGAAAGCCGGUGGCGAAGAGGGCAUCGAUCAAGCCGUGAAGCGACUCAACGAUCUUGCAGCGAAGAAGAACCUCAAAGGUCGGGCGAUCGGCAUCCCAGCAAAUGUUGCCCAAGAAGACGACAUCAAGAGACUGGUCGCAGAAGUAAAGAAGCACGAGUCACGGCUUGACAUCCUGAUCGCAAAUGCUGGUGCCACAUGGGGUGGUCCUUUUGAGCCAACGCCCGAUUGGAGCUCGCAAAAGAUUCUUGACUUGAAUGUCAGAGGCGUGUUUAAUCUGGCUCGACUGUUUUCCCCGAUGCUUGAAGCAUCCGGCAAACCCGACGACCCAUCGAGGAUCGUUAUAGUGUCUUCCGUCGCAGGAACCAAUGUAUCCCACGUCGGAGACAAUGGCACGAUCAUGUACAGUGCCUCGAAAGCGGCAGCACAUCACUUGGGCCGCAACAUGGCUGUCGAACUGGGCCCUCGAAACAUCACAGUCAAUACUGUAGCUCCCGGCUUCUUCCCGUCAAAGUUGGCCAGCGGCUUGAUCGAGAUCUUGGGAGGUGAAGAAGAGCUAUCGCGUGCGAACCCAAGGCAACGACUUGGGGAGCCCAAUGAUAUUGCUGGGGUGAUGAUCUACCUUUGCUCGAGAGCGAGCAGCUAUGUGAAUGGCGAGUACAUAUCUGUUGAUGGCGGAGCCAGAUUAGGUGCUGGACGAUUGACGAAAAUGUGA